GGGGAGGUAACCACGAAAAAUGUUCUUCCAAAUGGUCUCCCUGGAAAUGUGCAGACGUGAAGGACUUUAAACGUCGACCACAAAAUUCAUAGAAGUAUUCGUCAGGAGCUGUGACUUGUACAACGGCAGCCAAGAGCAGGAUACGGGUAGCCACGAGAGCUUGUGAGGAUGAAGAAAUGAGAAGAUUGUCCUCAAGGAAUCACAAGAGCACCAGCAACUACACGCCUGACCACGCGUGUGAUGACCUGGCAGAUGAAGAGCAGCCGUCGAUAGUUGGCAAGCUGACUGGCACAACUGUCUCCACACAAAUGAAAACGUUACGAUCCAAGCGUCCAGCGGUGCAGCAGAAAAGAAAGAAACGAAAAUGUCAAGAGAGGCCAGAGCUUUGUUUCUCUGGAGGUCGUCUCAAAACGUCAAAUGACCAAGGCACACCCUCAAAUCUUCAGGAUGUGUGCACUUCUACAAAUGUUAUGUCUUUGAAGACCUUACUUCUGUCUGGAUUACAACGAACCACAACCCAUGCUUCUUUACAUCAUACAUCGACAAGUAGUGACAUUUCGGCAUGUUCUGAAAACCCAGCAACUGUGCUAUGGCCAGGGAAAUCUUGCAGACCGACGGGAACCACAGACGGAAACGGAACAGCUCUUGACGAUGAUCUCACAAAAGGAAAGUCCUAUGCAAAAAGUGAGGAAAUCCCAAAGCUGUCAGUUUUCACUCAGUGUAACGAAAACGUGGUACCUUGUGAUGAGAACCUUGCGUACAGAAGACAUGAAGCCCUUUCCUCUGUCCAGACAUCAACAUCAGACGUGUUUAGAAAUCAGACACUGUUUGCUCCAGGUCUGUUCAGUACGACGGUUGUUCAAGUUAAAAGCCUUGGUACUAAUACUAUGUCUAGCAUACCAGCACAAGCCAUGUUUAGCAAAACCAUAAAAGAUGGAGUGAGCCACCCUCAAACAGCCUCCAUCACGAAGAGAGUGAGAAGGCGGAAGACUGGCCGCAAGGGCCACUCGAACAAGUCACGUGCACCACAGCUGCAGGCUAACUCCAGGACUCGCACAAAAACUCAGAGUGUGAAUGUUCACGUACAGGAGUCGAUUGGCUGGACAACUUCACAGACGUUCUCAGCAUCGCCGGUAUCUGCGAUAACAACAACAGAGAAACAGCCGUUAUCAGAGACCGAGACAACAGCGCAGCAGACAGGAGCACGCGCACUGCCAAAGGGCUUCCUGUUGCCUGAAUCAGCAGCCUCUUCAAAGCAAGUCAGACCAGCCAUAAAUGAUAGAGGUGUCACUUUGCGUUCUGGGGUCAGUCUCGGUCUCACGCAAGCGUACGUUGACGUCAUCUCGUCUGUCCGGAGCGUGCUGUUGGUGGCUGACGAGGAGUUGACUAGGCACAGCGAUUGCAGCGACUUGCAGCGUUUCUGGGAGGCCGAUUUCACCAACAUCACCAUGUCCCCCGCUACCUGGGCCUCUGUCGAUAUUUGGGAGUGACCGCCUACAGCCACCUCCUUGCUUCAAUCUCCUGUUUUUAUACCUCUAGUCUUGCCAGCAGCAGUUUGAAGAGUUUGGUGUUGGUUAGUUGAAGGAGUAAGGGACAUACAAACGGCUUGAGAGGAUAUCAAUGUUGUGUACUUCACAUUACUCUGUUAACGAGUUUUCAUUUUUGCUUUUUGUGACUUUUUUUUUCAAACGAAACAGUUAAUAACUUACACUUCUUUUAUUGCCGUUUUAUGAUGUCACUUGUGUGAUGCAGUUUAAAUGUGGUGCAGAUGGAUAUUUUCUUUGCUGGCGGUCUUCGCGCGUCAGACAUCUCCUGUAUCUGUGCGGAUCAUAGUCACCUCUCUAAUAAAUACCCCAAGAAGUGGCAAAGGUAAAA